UUGGAAUGAUUUCUUGGAUUGGUCUAGAACAUAUCUUUCCUCUCUGAUCCGAAAUGCUAGGGUGCGCUUGUUCUGUGCAGCUUCUCCGCAAACCGCCGACGGCGUUGGCCUCCGCGAAGCAGGAGACUCCUCGCCGGCCGAUAACGCCCUUCCUUUCUGUCACUACCGGCGGCUCCGGGGUGAGGCUGAAUGAGAAACUGGCAACGAUCUCCGGUGGCUCCAGGCACUCAACGGCGACGGUGCUUUCAGCUCCGCUUAGUGAUUUUGGCAGACGAUUAAGCCUUCGGUCCGGUGCUGAGCUAGGUCUUCUUUCUCUCUUUUUCGUCCUCUCCAUGGCUAUUGGAGCAAUAAUCUCCUUGGCUUUAAUUUCGCUUCCAACUGUGAGCGCGCUUAAACGAUUGGCAGUUUCGAUGGAUAAGUUGGUUCACUUAGUCCUUAAAGAGGUACCAGGAACCUUGACCUCCCUCAGACUCUCUGUCCUCGAGGUUAAUGAAUUGGUCCAACAACUUAACAAUCUUCGGCAGAAGAUAUCUGGAAUCAGAACGUAAAGAAAAGUAGGUACCAAGGAGCUUGGUUCUUCUGGGACUUAGUAUGAGAAUUCCCCCGUUACCCACUGGCUGGCAGCCUGCCUGAAUUUACCCAUGCAGAUCCAUGGUGGUCUAUUGCAGGACACCGACUUGACUCAAAUGCAAAUUAAAGAGAUAUGUACUUAUACUGGAGCUUCUGCUAAAAUGGAUGAGGCGGCAUCGAAUUUCUCCAUAUAUAGUAUACACUGCUUUUUUAGAAUCUUCUCCCCCCAAUAGCAUUUUUCUUGGGAACUCGUGGUCCAUGUUUAUGGUGGUUGUGCUUAAGAACAGAAAUGAGCCUGGUUUUGCUUAAGAACAGAAAUGAGCCUGGUUUUCUUGUCAUAUUUGCCUGUUAAAUAAAACAGAUAUUUUACGUCCCUA